UUCGAAGAAGUACUCCUUAUCACAUUCCUGUCGAAUGCCGCGUGAUUUUUUUGAUAUGAGUAUCAUAUAUAUGAUAUAUCAUUAAAAUUAUUUUCACUUACGUCAAAUAUUUGCAACACCAUAAAAUAUCUAUAAACCAUUAACAUACUAAAAAAAUAUACGUCUCGUAACCUUGACAUUAAGUAUGCAUUCAUCACUAAUCAAUAUAAAUUAUAACAUCAAGACAAGCGCUUUAACAUAAUUUAGUUAAUUCACAGAAUAAUAUUAAUGUUACGAAGGACACUUAAUGCAUUACUUUCUCUAAUGAACCUAACAUAAUUCCAUAUUAUUUAAACCUUUCACUUCACUUUUCUAACACGACCAAACACUUAGCAAAUUUUCAAUUUUUGAAAAUAUGGAACAAGAAAAUAAAGAAUACCUUUUUAAUCCUGAGUUGUUGUCACCUAAAAAGGGAAACUUAUGUAACUUUUUAACUAAUGAAAAAAUCAAUGAACACAAAAGAUAUGUUAUACGGCCACUCUGUCAAGACGACUACAAAAUAGAUUAUAUUAAAUUAUUGUCUCAACUUACUUCAACUGGCAAUGUUUCAUAUGAAAUGUUUAAUGAUACAUUUAGCAAAAUGAAGAAUUCAGAUGGAAUGUACUAUAUUAUAGUAAUUCAUGAUUUACAUUGCAAUCGUGUAGUAGCUUCUGGGUCAUUGAUUUUAGAAAGAAAGUUCAUUCAUUCUUGUGGACAACGUGCUAGAGUUGAAGAUAUUGUUGUAAAUUCUGAUUAUAGAAGUAAAGGAUUUGGAAAAACCAUUGUCCAAAAGUUAGUUUCACUGGCAAAAAUAUUAAAAUGUUACAAGGUUUCAUUAGAAUGUAAAGAUAAAAAUGUUAAUUGGUACACCUCUUUUGGGUUUUCAAAAGAACCAGGAAAUUCAAAUUUUAUGCAGAUACGAUUUCAAGAGUUUGAUAUUUGAUUGUUCACUUAUUUAUAAAGUAUUAUGAAUAUAAUUUUAAGAAGAUUACCUGAAUUAUUAAAAAAAAAUCUAUCGAGUAUAAUUAAAUUGUUUUAUUAUUGUGAAGUAUGUUAAGAAAUUAUUGUUUUGGUAUUAAUAUACAUUUAUUAUAUUUGCAUUGUGAAAA